AUGCAGCACCGUGUUUAUCUGGCCAUCUCCCUCGGCGCGCCACGCGACCACCACGCCCUCUUCAUCCCGGACGAUGCCGCCGCGCCCGCCGACAGCCCCGGCCCAGGCACCGUCUUCCAAGCGGCCGGCUCCAUCCAGCACGGCAUGACCUUCGAGGUCAAGACGCGCCACCAGCCCGAGUCGUCGCCCGAGUUCCUCCGCCGCGAGUAUCUGGGCUGGGUCGCCGCGGCGGACCUGCCCCGCGUCCGGGCCGUCUGCGAGGCCGUGCCGCCGCCCAAGAAGCAGUUUGACGGAGCGAGGCGGCUGUUCCCCGGGGAGCCGCUCCGGCGGUGCCAGGAGUGGACGCGGGAAGCGGUCGAUGCGCUGGCGGCCGCUGGUGUUUUGCAUACGGAGCAGGGUGGUUCUACAAGUAUCGAAGGCCACGAAUCGGAGGGACGAGAAGGACGAGAACCCUGA